AUGGAUUUCUCUUCGGAAAUCAAUAGACCUACCGUAACUCGAAAGUUUGCCCUAGAUAAAGACCAUCAACCCCCAAAACUGAUAACCUUUCAAUCAGUAUUCCUCAAGAAUAGUCAGGAAAAAAUUCGCAUGACCGAGGCAUCGGAAGCCAUUAUCUUUAAAAAGUUACCUUUGAUUCAGAUACUAUUCGACUUAAAGCUCAAUGGGAUGUUGAAAGACGACAAAGACCAAAUUUGUUAUGAUCCAGAGCACGCAAGAACGGAACGGCCCGUAUUGCCCAAGGUCCCGGGAAAAAUAGUCUACAUGUACGAAUUUAUCCAGUCGAACUUCCAAAAUAGAGGACAGGAUUACGAUCAAAUUGCGAAAUGGAACAUCGGGACGCUUUGGACAAUGAUUGAUUGCCUUGUACGUUUCUUGGAUGGAAAACCUUUACCUCUCGAUUCCAAGAUGGGUCUCAUGAUAAAACACUGGGACCUCGAAUUGAUAGGUAUUGAAAUACUUGCAGUAUACCUUGGAUGUACUGAGAUGAAUGAUGAAGCUAAGCGCAACGCGUUGAUUUCAUACAUGCGCCGGCUUCCUACCCCUGGAUCCACAAACUCUAAAGAUAGCUGGGAGAGAAGAUUCGAAACAACGAACCAUGCGAAAGUGUUUAAUGGGAACAAAUCUAGACAGCCUGAGAUUAUUGACUUGACCGAAGACCCGAUUGCUGCCCCAAAGACUUUGGAGAAGAAAACGCAAUCAGCAAUCAAGUCACAGAUGAUAAACAUAGGUCAAUUAGUUUCUAUUACAAAGAGCAUGGGUAUAGAGCCCCCACCAUCUUCUACAUUAGAAAAUUCUGUUCAAGUAGCUCAGUCAAAAUUGAUUUCACGGAAGUCGAGAAAGGGGAGCCAGCCGUCUGCUACUUUGCAAAAGUCGAAGAAUACAAUACAGUCGAGCAAAGAAUCCCAUCAAACUACCACCCCUCAGACGUCAAUCGAAGCAAGUCGAUCGAAUUCUGCUCGUAAAGGCCCUCAACUUAUGCCGAUCGACGCAUAUAUUAGCCUGAACCAAACAUACGGUUGCUUUCUUCAUGUGCACAUAGGCUCAGCAAUGAAGGGCUCAGGCUUGAUUGGCCGACUUCUACAGGACUUGCAUAUGGGACUCUUCAACACCGGAGAUAUGUCGAAAGUAGUUGGAAAGAAUCGCAACGGAAAACCUAUGCUGGUUUGGGAUGAGGUUUUGAAAUACUUCAGUGUGCCUGGAAAUGUGGUGGAAAAUAUGCUUGCAUGGAGUGAAGAUGAACGUUGGGCGCCCAUGGUCAUGUUCAUUGAGCGGUGUCAACUGGAUCCUGCUUUGUGGCAAGAUUGGGAUGAGCGAGAUUUAGCCCUUGCUAAAUAUUUCGAUAUGUUUGUAAAAGCUACUCCUGCAGCGAAGGAUAUUUAG